AUGUUUUGUGCUAUAAGCGGUAAACCACCCAUUACGCCUGUUGUAUCACCAGAAUCCAAAUGCGUUUUUGAAAAGAGGUUAAUUGAGCAGUAUAUCGAUGAGCAUGGGGUAGACCCAAUCUCCAAGACAAGCUUGACUAAGGAUGCGCUAAUUGUCAUUGCCCAGACACCCCAGCAGUACGCGCUCGCAAACGCAGUUAACUCGGCUACGCUCAACGCCAAUUACAGCAUCCCCAACCUUCUGUCAACACUACAAAACGAAUGGGAUGCCGUGAUGCUGGAGACAUUUGAGCUGCGGAGUCAGCUGGAUAUGUGCAAAAAGGAGCUAUCGUCAGCGCUGUACAAGUGCGACGCGGCUAUCCGCGUCGCGGCACGCGCGAAACAGGAGAGUGAUGAACUCAGACACACGUUGACGGAGCUGACGGAGGCAGUCGGCGGGCAGGCUGCCGAUGCCCCGCCCCUUCCAGCGGAAUUGAUUACCGCGAUGGCAGAAGACGCACAAGAAUAUGUGCAGCAAACGAAAGAAAGAAGGAAAAUGAAAAGCCAGGUAGUGACGGCAUUUGCUCUGGAACAGCCGGUCGAAACGGCGUGCGAGGUCGACCGGGUUUUUGUUAACCGUUUGUUGGAUCCGGAAGACAGAGUUACAUGCAUUUUAGCCAGAGGCAAGGCUCGUCUGCUGAACAGAGAGGGCGUUUUGCUACUUGACGAUCUGCCAGCUGAGCUCAAGAUCGUCUUCCCAGUUGACAGAAGUGGCGUAGUCUUCUCAACUGACAGCCAAAUGGGUAUUUAUGAAACAUCCACGAAGGAGUUCAAAAUCUUUGGCAGUCCAACUUCGAGCCGUAUCGUGGAUAUCCAGUACUCGCCGUUCGUGGCAGCAGAAUUCUUAGUUACGUUAAACGAGAACCACGAGAUCCACUACAGGAACCGCGAUGGGUCACAAAUAUACCGUUUCGUUAACGGUAAAGUCCACUUUCCAGAUGCUGGUGAGCCCGCUCAACUGCAAUUACACAAGGACGGCCUUUUGAUCGCCUAUCAACCCACUUUUAGUACAAUUGCUAUCUUUAGUGUCACCGCGCCAAAAGAUCCGCCAAUUGUUAUCAUGCCUUCUUCCUCUACUGAGGAAAGUACUGGCGAAUUAGUCACCUUUCGGUUCAGUCCAAACGGUUAUUGGCUCUACGUGUUGACAGAGCUUGCCUUCUUGGUCUACGACCUUCGAAAGCAACCAGGCACCCUUGCUAUGAACCCGCUAAUGCUCAACUCCCCGGCUGUUGCGUUCGAUACAGAUCAAACUGGGAAAACGCUUUUCUUGCUUUCCGCAGAUGGCUCCCUAGAAUCUUACUCUUACGUGAAGUCACAGAACGGUUGGUCUCGCGGCAUUUGUCAUAGCUCUGACCGUCUGGCACCACUUGACCUAGUAUACCUUGCAGACAAAGCGGGUGUUUUUCUGCAGGGCUUCCAUGCACUUACUGACGAUCAAACAGACAGGUACAUACCCGCCUGGCUCCGCAUAGAAUAG